AAACUUAUGGUGUUUGCAUCUCCGAAGGAAGCAAGAUAUACACUCUUGACGAUGUUGCCCCGGAGGUGGAAUGUGUCAUGGUCUCAGGAACGAACAUCGUUGACACUGGGGAUCUUACGCACAUGAAACGGAAAUGGGGGGGUGAGGUCACGAUUUGGCCAUCAUUACUGAAGAAUCUACUGUCUCCCGACAUGGGUGCUAAACUCUACUUUCUACGAGGGGAUCAAGCCUUGUAUCCCGGGUUCGCAGAUUCUCAUGCACAUGUCCUCGGCUAUGGAUCCUCAAAACAGUUGUCCCUCUCUGGGGCUUCAUCGAUCGAUGAGGUAGUCCAGCGUACUCACGAUUAUGUCCGGUCGCAUCCAGAUCUUUCCAGUAAUGGAUGGAUUGAAGGCUAUGGAUGGGACCAGAAUCUGUGGCCAGAGCAGCACUAUCCUACCUCUGAAUCUCUUGAUAGUCCCGUUCUUCGAGACCGGUUGAUUGUUCUUUAUCGAGUCGAUGUCCACGCGUUGUGGGUUUCUCCUAAAGUGUUGGAGCUGUUGCGUGAUAGUCUCCCAAGCGAAGUUGAUGGAGGCAUUAUUGUUAGGGAUGGGCUCGGCAACCCAACAGGAGUAUUUGUUGAUAAUGCCAUGGCGCUUGUUGAGGCGAUCAAGCCGGAAUGGAACGAGGAACAAAUGUUUGAAUUUCUGAAAACCACGGUCAGAGACGCAGUCAGAUUCGGUCUCACCUCCAUUCAUGACGCGUCGACAUAUCCUUUCAUGAUCCGUUUUUUCCGGAGAAUGGCCGAUCAGAAUCUCCUGCCUAUUCGCCUCUACCUUAUGGCGCAUUUGGACGAUUCCGAGUAUUGGGGCGACAAAAUUCACCCUAUUGCUGAUCACCCUAGUGGUAACCUGGCCAUGAGAAGCGUAAAGUUAUUCUCAGAUGGUGCUCUUGGAAGUUUUGGUGCCGCAUUAUUUGAACCAUACUUCGAUAACAACAAUACCAGGGGAACACUCAUUUACCCACCUUCAACAAUUUCGAGUCUGAUUGAAAGCUUCGUUGCCAAUGGUUGGCAAACGAACGUCCAUUGCAUUGGAGAUCGUGCGAAUCAUCUUGUCCUCAAUGCUUUCGAAAAAGCAAUCAACAAUGAAGCUUCCGUGAUUCAACGCGAAUUUGCAUCUUCGUUAGGACCCUCAACUUCCCAAACCAAGCACGAUAGAGAGUUUUUCAUUGCUCUAGCAGGAAAUAAGCUACGUUUGAGACUUGAACAUGCACAAAUUAUGACAAGGGGUGAUAUUGAACGUGCCGGAAGGCUCGGUGUGAUCGCAAGCAUCCAACCGACGCAUGCCACCUCAGAUAUGAGCUACGCUGAACAGCGUUUGGGUCCCGAAAGGAUACGCGGAGCGUACGCUUGGCAGUCUCUGUACCAGUGGGUUUGUUUUGUUUCUCUGCCAGCCAAAUCCACUUCCCACAUUCUACAUCACAGCGCCGGCGCCCGCCUUGCUUUAGGCUCUGAUGCUCCUGUUGAAUCCCUGAACCCUCUGAAAGGCUUCUACGCAGCGGUGACACGUCUAUGGCCUAACGGUGAUUCCCCACACGGACCUGGCGGAUGGUAUCCCUCCGAACGGCUUACUCGGUUUCAAACUUUGAAGGCAAUGACAUUGAAUGCCGCCUACGCAUCAUUUUCAGAGAACAAACUAGGUUCCCUCGUUCCUGGAAAACUAGCAGAUUUCGUCAUCCUGUCGAAGGACAUCAUGACUGUACCCCAACAAGAAAUUCUGGAGGCCAAAGUGGCUGCCACUGUCGUGGGAGGGAAGUUGGUAUAUGGUUCAUUGCACUAGUUCUUUUCUGUCAAUUGGGCCAACUUCGCCAUCGUUCGUUCUGUAAAGAGGUGCUAUGGAGGCGUGCUAGGGGUUAGUCACGCACUCGGGGGAAGUACAUGUGCACCAAAACCAAUUGUUAGCACUCAUACGGAAUAAGAAUUGAUGUAAAAGAAAGCGUUGGGACGGCCGGAACAGGCACAAGAGAUGAAUAGAAUAAAAUUAACAGAUUAAUAGAGAAGGAAUUAUGGAAAC